CUGUAAACUCCACCUGCUUCUCAUUACAAUACUUGAGCUGCUAUCAAUUCAACCAACACAUCCAUGGUUCAACUCCUGCCAAAGUCCUUUCCCUCAGAGUACCCAGCAACAGCCUUACUGUGGGCAGUGCUCUUGGGGGUGGCUUUGAUUCAACUAGAAGCAGCCGGGAUGCAAUGUCCUGCAUUACCUGGGUCCCAGUGUGCCCUUGAGGCACCUGUACUAGCCAGAAUGCAGGAAUGUGGUCAGACCUUCAUCUGUAACUUUGGUGAACCCCAUGGUUGGCCCCCUUGUAGGAAAUUAGUACCAGUGUUCAGUCGAAAAUGUAUGAUGUGUGGCAACAGCUAUGGAUUUCAAGGUGAAUGCAUUGAAUGGGGACCUGCCCAUCACCAAACUCCCGGUUGCCCUGCAGUCAAACAGGGACUAGCUGAGGGACAUGGCACAUAUCCUAAUCGAUACAUGGAACCCGGAUGGACAACGCUGACAGUGAUCAUUGGGCAACAGUGGCAUUUCAUGUGUAAAGCCAAUCAAGCAAUAUAA